GCUCCGGCAAUUCCCGCUGCUGCUGCCUCAGAACCGCUGGGGAACCGCCUACGAGGGCUUCGUCACCGCCCAGGUACCGCGGCCCAGGGUAGAGAUUUCCACAUCAGGGUAUUGUUACCAGAGGAUUUGCAACUGAAAAAUGCAAGGAUAGAGUGCAGCUGGAGUCUGAAGAAGAUCCUGCAUCGAUAUCAGCAUAUUUUAAAGCAGUUGGACUGAACUACUACAAGUUAUGAGUUGAAGAAAAUGAACUAAUGCUGUGUUUCCUCCAGAGGCUCCACAGCUGCCCAGACCUUGUCAGUUUUAUGGUGGAGCUGAGAACUGUUUUGGAAAUUGCUUUAAAGAACACACAAGACCUGCACGUACCACGGCCGCCAGAAUACUACUCCUGUCUUGUCAGAGAUCUGGAAAUACUGGGCUGGAAUAAAGUUGCAUACGUGGACACUGGGCUUACCACCGUCAGGUUAAAAGCUGAAGACUCUUGUGGUCGACAGCAUCUCAUCACUCUCAAGUUAAAUGCAAAGUAUCCCACAGAACCACCAGAUUGCCUCGUGGAUUUUCCUGUUCAGUUUGCCAUUUCCUGGAUGCCACAGAACUCCUUACUAGACAUUUACAACCAGUUCCUGGCAGCACUGGAGUCACUGAAAGAAUUCUGGGAUGCGCUGGAUGAAAUCGAUGGGAAGACGUGGGUGCUUGAGCCGGAGAAUCCCACCCGGAGCGCCACAGCCAGGAGGAUUGCAAUAGGGAACAAUGUCUCUGUGAACGUGGAGGUAGAUCCUCGCCAUCCAAACAUGCUUCCAGAGUGUUAUUUCCUUGGAGCAGACCAUGCAGUGGCCCCUCUGAGGACUAAGCUCAACAACAACAUGCACUUGUGGGAUCCAGAAAUCAGUUUGUUACAAAACUUGAAAGACCUCCUAGAAAUUGAGUUUCCAUCUCGGGCGGUGUUGGAAAAAAGCGACUUUGCCAAGGACUGUGGGAUCUGCUAUGCCUAUCGCCUGGACGGCGCCGCUCCCGACCAAGUGUGUGACGAGCCCCGCUGUGGACAGCCCUUCCACCAGGCUUGUCUCUACGAGUGGCUACAAGGCCUUCCUACCAGCAGGCAGAGUUUUAAUGUCAUCUUUGGUGAAUGUCCCUACUGCAAUAAGCCCCUGACGCUGAAAUCUUCAACGAAGAAACUCUGAGGAAAAACUGCGUGGUGGGAACCCCACUGCACUUACACUGGAGACACCAAAGCAGCAACAUCACAGCAGAUACAAGGACAGUACAAUGAGCAGCA